GAAGGCGCGUGGCCCGCGGCUGGCGGUUGCGGCGGGCUCGGCCGUCCUGCUACUCGGUGGUCCUGCUGCUCCGCUGAGUACUGGUGUGCGGCGGCGCUCAGCGAGGGUGGCGCCCCUUCCAGGGAGCCCGCUUCCAGCCACGGACUCCCGGGGUCACUCCGGCGUGGCGUGGGCCCCGGCGCAGGGCGCCGGCCUCCCCACCUCAGCUCCAGGCGCCGCCGGUGGAGGGCGAGGCUGAGCGAGGACCAGCCCCGCGCGGAUGGAGGUGAAGGCGUCGCCCCUGGCCCUGCGCGCGCGGCCCGCGAGGCUCUGUCCUGGGCGGGGCGCUGCCCAGCUCGAGGCCCUUCGCAUCCUCCUCAGCACAGCCACUGGCCCCUGCAGGCCAGGGCCCAGCAGACUGGGUGCAUGUUUGUCCCUGGAGCUCAAACCACUGGUGAUGCGGUCUCUCGGUUCCUGCUCCAGCCGCCGCGUGAGCCCGGAGCAGUGGGGAGCUGUGUCUGAGGCAGGGCCUCGCUGGAGGAGUGGCCACGAAGAAAGGAAUUUGCCCAGCGGGAGAGGAGAACGGUGCCCUGCCCGUUCCAUUAGCCCUCACGGGCGUCCCACGGCCCUUCCUCCCCGGGGAACGGAAAGAUGGAAAAGCGCACAGGCCAAAAGAUGACGCAGGGCCUCAGGGAGCACACGGCUGUGCGGAGGGACGCCGCCAAGGACCGGAAGGCGUCCGGGGCCGGAGGGCCCGGCAGGAGGGCCGCCCUGGCUAAAAAGCACAGUAAGGAGCUCAGCCUGAGCGCCGAGGCCGAAGCCCACAUGUUCAACGCCUUCGACGCUUCCUUCAGAGAUGACUUCGAGGGCGCCCCCGUGUUCGUGCCCUUCCAGAGGAAGAAGCCCCACGAGUGCGGCGAGUGCGGGCGCGUCUUCAGGCACAAGACGGACCACGCCCGCCACCAGAGGGUGCACACCGGGGAGAAGCCGUUCCAGUGCGCCCAGUGCGGGAAGAGCUUCCGGCACAGCUCCGACGUCACCAAGCACCGGAGGGUCCACACGGGGGAGAAGCCCUUCACCUGCGGCGCCUGCGGGAGGGCCUUCAACUGCGGCUCCAACCUCCUGAAGCACCAGAAGACUCACACGGGCGAGAAGCCGUACGGGUGCGAGGAGUGCGGGAAAACCUUCGCCUACAGCUCCUGCCUCAUCCGCCACCGGAAGCGGCACCCCCGGGGGAAGCACUGAGCGCGGCGAAGCUGGCCGGGCGGCUCCUCCGGCGGCCACCGCUGCCGGGCACCUGCCGUGGCUGCAGCCCUCUCGCCUGCUCCAGGGGAUGUUGGCCUGCAGCCCCUUGGCCCACUGGGUCCCCGGCCCGUCCCCGUGCAGGCAGCAGGAGGCCUGUGGCCCUGAGCCAGACGGCAGUCUUCCAGGAGGACCGCUGUCCCCCCUUGGCUGGCUGCGGUGACCGUCCUUCAGCCCGUGAACUCAGCCCCAUCCCCAGGAACUAGACGCCCUGUGACACGUGUCCUCUCGGCCCGGCCACCAUCCCGGAUAAGUGGCCUGAUUUACACAGACCACGUGGGCCACAUGGGGCAGGGCUCCUGGGGCCUGAAGGCUGCUGCGUGGGAGCUUCCUUCCACGGCCACGGGCCGGGGCCCCGUCUGCCGAUGGCAGCUUCCCCCAGCCUGCACCUCCCACGCAGGAGCCCGCUGUGCGUGGCCGCGUGCCCGGCUCCAGGGCUGGGCUCUCUGUGCAGGUGAGUUCCGCAGCUCUGACCUUGGCCCCCAGGUUCCACCCCACCCCCGGUCACGUCCCCGUGCUGGGCCCGCCCGGGUCUCCCUCGGGAGUGGUCUGCGAGGGGCUCCGCUCUCCAGGGCUGUGCCGCUUGUCCCAGAACCUCCAGACAGUCUAAGGGGGCGAGGAGACCGUCAACCCGGAGAUAACGAGGCUUUUUAUUCGGAAAAGGAUGGUGCCUACAUUUUCACUCCAUCGGACCCAAAACCAACAAUGGCUUGAGGCUCUGGGGACUCUGUCUCCUGAGAAGGCCUGCGCUCCGGGAAGACAGGCCCCUCCUCCGGCACGGGAGGGGCCCAGACACGGGAGGGGCUCCGGUGGCCUGGCGCUACUCCUGGUCUUUCUAGAAGCUGUGACGUCGUGACACCCACCUGAGCUGGGCCCCGGCUGGCCCCAGGGUGUGCGAGGAGCAUCCCGCCCACCACCACCCCCCCCCCGCCCGGGACGCGCUCUCGCUGUUCUGGAAAUGAGACCUGACGAGGCGGAACUUCGGAAGCAGGUGCCAGAAGCCGGCCUCGCGGAGACACAGACGCGCGACCCCACGUUUGAAGGACAUUCCCGGGAGGUUGGCAGACCUCGGGUCUGGACUGCCCGCCGGGUGGCCGGGCCACGCCCGUGUCGGAGCUCCCGGGUUCGAGCGGGCCGGUGGCUGGCCCACACCACGUCCCGAGGCACGGGGUCACAGGCCUGCGGCUCAUGCUCGGGCGUCUCCUGGAGACCAGAGGUGACGGUGCAGGCGAGCGCACCGAGAGUGACCGCAAGAGCUGUGAAGGGCCAGCCCACGCCUGUUCUGGGCUGGCUCUGCCGCCGCGAGGUCUCCGUCAUCAGCUCCGCCAUCACCUGCGACGGCGGCCGCCCACGGCGCGGAAGCGGAGGAGCGCAGCCGUGCGCCCGUAUCGUGUGCUCUACAGAGCCGGGCUGGGCCGGGCUGGACGGAGGGUGCGUGAGCUCGCCCCCCGCGAUGCGCGCAGUCACUGCGGCGCUGCUGCAGAGCACGCAGCGUGCGUCACCACCCGCCCCUUACGCCGUAGGAAAACGGUGGUUUCUGUGCGGCGGCGCCGCACACCCUCGUGCGUAGGAAGCACUGGUUUCUGAGGCUGCAUCGUGACCCACCGCCUUCACUAUGAGUGAUGCUGCGACACAUGUCUUUUCCACACUCAGGGCCGACAGGAGGGUCCCCUGGAGGGGACUGGCAGGCGGAGGCGAGGCUGGCGGAGCCCUUCCUGCAGGUGCACUACGCAGGCUCCCAGCAGCGCCCAGACGGCCCGCUCCCCGGCCUCCAGCGGCAGGCAGGUGGGUCCUGAUCCUCGUCAGUUCCGUAGGAGGGAGAAAACUCAAGCUGAUCAGGUGUCUGGUUUCUGGAGGGGAAGCAGGUGGCCAAGGGCAGAAGCUCUCGGGCCAGGGGCUGCCAACCUGACCCCGCGCUCUGGAGACGUGGGACCUUAGGCAGGUUGCUUAACCCCCUGUGCCUCGGUUUCCUCGGAUGUGAAUGGGGCAGCUGCCGCAGCCCAGUGACCUCAGGUGCGCAGGCCUCGGGGCAGCGCUGGCCCGCCCCGACCAGGGGCCUGAGGGCGUCCGCUCUCCACCCGUGUGCGCGCUGUCUGGGGGGCGUGCUCCCUGCAGGCUGACGGCCUUCACCGCCUCUCCCGGGACGGGACGGCAGCUCCCUCCAACCGAAUCAACCUGGGGAGCAACAGAAAGAUACCUAACAAGAUAGUGCCCUUGGAACUUUUACAGAUUCGGUGCACGGUGAUCAGAGAAAGCGCACGUCUCACCCUAAACAGUUCGCGGUCUUCUUUGGCCCCCUGUCGUGUUGGGCGGACAGACGGGCCCUGUCCCGUCCCUGCUGAGUCAGCGGUGGCGGCCCAGCCGGGCGCCUCGGGGGCGGGGGCCAGGGAGCCGGGUUCUGCUCCUGCUCCAGCUCGGAAGCCAGGGCUGCCA